AUGGCCAGAUUGUACGAGAACAUCGAUCAGCGACAACUCCAGCAAGAUGCCGACGACUCGCUACUGCACUAUGGAACGGCAUUCCAUCCCGAGAUCAUCGUUCAUGCUGAAGGUCGAACGAUCGUGGACAGUUUGGGACAUCGCAUGCUGGACUGGACUUCUGGACAGAUGUCCACACUGAUCGGCCAUGGGAAUCCGGAGAUCGUCGAGACUAUUCAUAGUCAUGCUAAGAACCUGGACCAUCUCUUCUCUGGCAUGUUGAGCCCGCCAGUCAUAACUUUGGCGAAGCGAUUGACAUCGUUGACAUCGCCGGGACUCGACAAGGCAUUCUUCCCGAGUACAGGCGGCGAAAGCAAUGAAGCGGCAAUCAGACUUGCAAAGUUCUACACGGGCAAGUUUGAGAUCGUCGGUCUGGCAUCUUCAUGGCACGGCGUAACCAGCGGCGCGAUCGCAGCCCAGUAUCAUGCCGGUCGAUCGGGCUAUGGUCCAAACAUGCCUGGAAACUUAACUCUGCCGACGCCUAAUGCGUAUAGAUCAAUCUUUAGGCAUCCGGACGGCUCCUACGAUUGGCAGACAGAGCUCAACUAUGGCUUUGAUCUUGUCGACAAGCAGUCUUGUGGCUCACUUGCUGCAGUCAUUCUAGAGCCCAUCCUAUCGUCUGGAGGUAUGCUUGUGUUGCCGGCAGGGUAUCUCAAGGCCAUCAAGGAACACUGCGAACGUCGAGGAAUGCUGCUCAUUAUCGAUGAAGCUCAGACUGGCAUUGGCAGAGCAGGCGAUAUGUUCGCCUUCCAGCACUGCGCCGAGGACGAAGGUAUUGUGCCAGAUAUCUUGACUCUCAGCAAGACACUCGGAAACGGUCUUCCCCUCUCGGCGGUCGUCACGAGCGACCGUAUCGCAGAGUUCGCUAAAGAGAACCACUUCCUCUUCUACACCACACACAUCAACGACCCUCUCCCGGCCAGCGUGGGCGACAAAGUCCUCGAAAUCGUUGUACGUGACAAGCUAGUCGAACGAUCUCGCCAGCUCGGUCAGAAGUUCCAGGACAGAUUGAGACUGCUCCAGUCACGCUACGGCUGCAUCGGCGACGUCCGUGGUCGUGGCCUCAUGGCUGGUAUCGAGAUCGUGGCAGAUCGCGACACGAAGAAGGGCAAUCCAGAUCUUGGAGCCGCUGUUGGGGCUAAGAUGACCGAGAUGGGUUUGUGGGCUCAGCUGAGUACGAUGCCAUCUUUCGGCGGUGUUUUCAGGCUCGCGCCGCCGUUGACCACGACGGAUGAGGAGUUGGAGUUCGGCUUGAAUGUUAUUGAGAAGGCAUUUGCGUCGACGGCAGGGACUAUGCCGUUGUAUGAUAGUGCCGAGAGGCAGGCAGCAGCUUCGUAUGUUGAAGCAAGGCUGUAG